UUAUCACACAUGUGCUUAUGUUUGUAAACAUUCGGAUCAGCUGUUUAAAAGUUAACCUAUCGAGAUGAUUAUGUGAAUGUAGAAAAUAGGCACUAUUGUGAACUAUUGAAUCAAUUUUUAUUUUUCUCAGAGAUGAAGAAAAAUGUUUUCAGCAUUAAAUUUAUUUCUGUCAAAAACUGUUUCGUGUAUUUUUCCGAAAAUUGGCUUCGGAAGCUGAACGACACUCACAGAAAUAUUGGAGCGCUCCUGGUGGAGUACGGCCACGACCGGAAGGCCUACUUCUCGUGGAGCGCCGAGGCCGGCCCCGCCGGCGACGACUCCGUGGUGUGUCUGGGCGCGACGUACGCGCGCCUGCUGGGCGUCGAGGAGGGGGAGAGGGUGGUCGUCUCGCUGCUGCCGCAGGUCCCGCCGUUGAGUUGCGUCCACGUUUCCCCUCUCUCCUCCGACGACUGGCAGAUCCUGAUGCUGAAGAGCGACGCGGUGCAGUCGUCCGUGCUGGACCAAGUGCGUGUGGUGUGGCCCGGUCAGGUGCUGGUCAUCUGGGUGUCCAAGUCGUUCCACCUGCGCAUCACCGUGGAUACUGUGCAGCCGAGCCAUGCAUUCGGAGUUCUGCAGCCCCUCACGGAGGUCGUAGUCUCUUCCCCGGGGGCAACGGCCAUCCCUGGUGUCCCGUUUCGCGAGUCCAUUGUUGGCAGCCCCAGCGCGGUCGGCGUGACAACACGGGCAAACGCCCCGGACCAGGGCGUGCUGGCACGGUUGUUCAGCGGCGCAAGGAAGUGGCUGGCCCGGAAGCCGGUACCCGGCGACGAGGGGCCACGCGGUGGCCCCGAGGAGGAACGCAGCUGUGGCAGUCCUGGCGACGACACGAGCAAACAGUUCGCGUCCGCCGGCACCAAGAAGGCGAGCAGCUGUGUGCUGAGGGUGCAUCCCAUGCAGGCCCCGGGUGUAGGAACCACCGGAUUGUUGGACCAUCCGUACAAUGUCUACGUGAGCAGGGAGUGCCUGGCUUCUCUGGGUGUCGGCGUCCCGACGGACGGGACCGUCCUUGUGGGCAAGAUCUCGAGGGUCGCGUACCCGAAGCCGACGGCGGACAGGACGACGUCUUCUCCCGGCGAGGAUCCGGUGAAAUCCGGAGCGCGCGAGACCGCUCCCCUGGCGAACGAACGUCAGCACAUCUUCGCGAGGCUGUGCGUCCCGGAAGGAGAAGCGGAAGUGCUGGCGUCGCAGCUGGCCGACCACAGGAGGCACUGGUGCGCGUUGUUCCCGCGCCCGGCGAUGGCCGCCCUGCGACUGGCCCCCGGCGUGAAGGUGCACCUGGGGCUGGUCCCUGCCGAGGAGCCACCGCCAGCUGCGACGGAACUGCACGUUGCACCGUGCGGAGACUGGGAUGAGAGCCUGGGAAGCAUGGACGCGGCGCUUCGGAGGCACUUGGCGCUGCUCACACGGACGUCCUGCCUGCUGCUGAACUCUGACUCGACGCUGGCCGUCCCGGUGACUCCCGGGGACGCCCGGGACCUCGUCGCGAAGGUGGCGCGGCCCUCCGGCGCGGACUACGCCGCGCUGGACCGGCGCGGCGCGGCGAGCUGCCGGCUGACCGUCGUCGGCGGGGCGGGGGAGGCGGCGGCGGCGGGCGGCAGCGACGGCGAGGAGCCCCGAGACACCGAGGUGGAGGGGAAGCUCUGCGGGAGUUUUAAUAAUUUGCUAGAAGAAGGAUUGGCAACACUGAGGCUGGGUCUUCAGAUUCAUCAAGCGGCUAACAGCCUGCAGUUUGCUAACACAGCCUUGGCGCUGAUGAAUGUUCUCAUAGUUGGAAAGACAGGCUCAGGAAAGAGUACAAUUUCAAAAGCAUUGUGUCGUGAACUGGGAAAGCCGCCACACUGCGUUCAUUCCGUCCAUAUUCAGUGUAGAUACCUCAAAGGGAAGAAGGCGGAGACGCUCCAGGGGCUGACGGCGCGGCGGCUGGAGGAGUGCGCGCUGCGCCAGCCGUCCGUGCUGGUGCUGGACGACCUGGAGGCCCUCGUCGGCGCGCCGGAGGACGCCACUUCCGCGGAGGGACUGCACUGCUCCAGGGUCGCAGAGAGGUUGGUGGACCUGCUGAGGCAGUUCCAGAGCGCGAACGACAUUAGUGUCGUCGCGACCACCACGUCGCUGAAGAAACUACACCGGUCCGUGCUGGCUCCCAGAGGCCGCCACGUCUUCCUCACGGUCCUCGAGAUCCCGGAACUGACCAAGGCUGAUCGUCUGAUGAGCUUGGAACACAUCUUGAGCCAGACGUGUACUGAUGGUAUUCUUCCGCCAGUUUCUCUGGCCACUUUUGCCAACCAAACUGAGGGUUAUGUCAUCCAGGACUUGGUGGAUUUGGUAGAUAAAGCAAUGUUCCAGAUGUGGAAAAGAUCAGUUGCGUUGUCAGGAGCGCCGGGCGUGCCACUCUGCCCUGGCGCUGCAGUUGGGGACGACGGCCACCCCCGCCUGACGGACCGGGACCUCGAGGAAGCGAAGGAGAGGAUGGUGCCCCUGUCGCUCCGGGGGGUCAGCCUGUUCCGGGACCCGGGCGUCUCGUGGGAAGACGUGGGCGGCCUGGCGGACGUGAAGCGGGCGCUGGAGCAAAUCCUCAUGUGGCCGUCGCAGUACCCGGAGCUGUUCGCGCGGUGCCCGCUGCGACACCAGUCGGGGGUGCUGCUGUACGGGGCCCCGGGGACGGGCAAGACCCGCCUGGCGGGGGCCGUCGCCCGGCACUGCGGCCUCAACUUCAUCAGCGUCAAGGGUCCAGAAUUGCUGUCGAAAUACAUUGGCGCCAGUGAAGAGGCUGUGCGGAACAUAUUUGAGAAGGCUCAAAGUGCCAAGCCAUGCAUCUUGUUUUUUGAUGAGUUUGACAGCCUUGCUCCAAGGCGGGGCCACGACAGCACGGGAGUGACGGACCGCGUGGUGAACCAGCUGCUGACCCAGCUGGACGGGGCGGAGUCCCUGGAAGGGGUGUGGGUGGUGGCGGCCACCGGCCGGCCCGACCUGCUUGACCCCGCCCUGCUGCGCCCGGGGAGGCUGGACCGCGCCCUGCUCUGCCCCCUGCCACAGCAGGAUGAUCGUACGUCGAUCUUGAAGGCCUUGAGUCGCAACCUCCUGCUGGCCGGCGGCGUGGACCUAGAGGAGAUCGCGGCUCGCACGGCGGGAUUCACCGGAGCAGACCUGCAGGCCCUGUUGUACACGGCUCAGCUGUUGGCCACCGAUGUGGCCAAGUCAAGUCUUCCUGAUUUACUUCCUCCGUGUAGCGGGAUGGAGGUUUCGUCAAAGACAAAUGAUGAAAGGGCGGCGCGCGAGCGACCCGCCGUGAGCCAGGCGCACCUGCUGGCGGCCCUGGAGGACACGAGGCCAUCGCUGUCGCCGCGGGAAACCCUCAAGCACCAGCUCAUCUACCAGAAGUUCUCCAACUCGAUGGCAGGGAGCGCUGCGGUGGAAGCUGGAGCGAUGCCUCAGAGGGCGACUCUCGCCUGAUGACAGGCGCGGGCGACUCCAGCCCUGGACAAGACGGGAGACCAUGCCACCUACGCCCUUUUGCAUGUUCUUGUCCUCCUUGUUUGUCCAGCUUCAUGUGGAAAAUUAAGCAAUUAAAUGGUCUUUACUACGUAAUUCAAA